AUUUAAUCAAGAAACAUAGGUGGAAUGAAUCCCCAGUCUUCACCCCCUGCCUUUAUAAAUACCCAUUUUAAUCACCAUUUUUUCAGCACUAGGCUUUGUUGUUUUGGAAUCAUAUAUUGAGUUCGCUUCUUUGGAUAGUAUCAGGAGAUCAUCAGAGAGGUAGAGAAAAUGGGAGGUUCUUCACCAUGUGCCUCCUGCAAACUCUUGAGGCGUCGCUGCGCAAAGGAUUGCAUCUUUGCUCCUUACUUUCCUUCUGAUGACCCUCACAAGUUUGCUAUUGUUCACAGAGUCUUUGGUGCUAGCAAUGUCAGCAAAAUGUUGCAGGAGCUGCCGGUUCAGCAGAGAGCGGAUGCUGUAAGUAGCUUAGUUUAUGAAGCAAAUGCAAGAGUGAGGGACCCUGUAUAUGGAUGCGUGGGAGCCAUAUCCUACCUUGAAAAUCAAGUAUCACAGUUGCAAAUGCAGCUGGCGGUGGCUCAGACGGAGAUGCUUUGCAUUCGGAUGCAACAGGAAUCGGCCUUGCCAAUGCCUAUGCCAACUCAAAUGCAACAAGAUGACAAGUCCUUCCUUGCAGCCACUAAUAACUUGGAUAACAUAUCCCAAUACCUCAACUUCGCUUCUUCUUCUUCUUCCAGCAAUGUAAUCCAAGAUCCAUCGGCUCUCAAGAGGGAGUCUCUUUGGACUUAAAACUCUAAUUAGCUUCUUUUCCCUUUGUUCAAAUGAACUAGUACGUUUUUUUCCCCGCAUUUUUCUUGGAUAUAUUUGUAUAGCAAUACAAAGAAAAUAAUCCUCCAUGGCAAAUUAAAGUACGAGAAAAUCAUAUUAAGGAUUAGCACAC